AUGCAUACUUCCCGAAUACUACGAUCGGCGAUCUCGAUAUUGACCUUAUCAGCUCAAUUCCCACUCUCUGUGGCUUCUCCGUUGGAUUUUCUUGAGACCAGUCUGGAAAAGCGAUGCGAAAACCCCUGUGGUUACUACGGUCAACUCUGCUGCACCUCGAGCCAGACAUGCAGCACCAACGGGGACGGCCAAGCUGUCUGUCAAGAAGGGGGCGGUAGCAGCGGCGGCGGCGGAUCAUGGGUGUACCAUACCACUACCUACGUUGUCACAGAAACAGACAAGAAGACCGUAACCUCGACGUGGAGCACUCUAGUCCCGAAAUCAACGGAUUCAGGUGGUUGCAAGGCCGAAUUGGGUGAGUCGGUUUGCGGCAACACCUGUUGCGGAGCAGCAUAUGUUUGUUCCAAUGAUCAGUGUAUUAUGGGGAGCUCGUCCAUAUGGGCCACUGCAACGGCCACGCCUCCUGUAAGGGGUACAAGUGCGAGCACCGUGACCGCGACGGCCUCUGUGACGACCACACAGGCAUUUGAGACCCCGGUCGGCACAGAUGGGGCUUCGUUGAUAGGCGUGAAGGCCCCGGAUAAUGGAGGGCUCAGUGGAGGGGCGAUUGCAGGUAUCGUCAUCGGAACCAUCGCUGGUGUCUUCCUGAUACUGUUGGUUUUGUCUUGUCUGUGCUGCCGGGGAAUAUUGGAAUCACUGUUUGCCUGUCUUGGACUCGGUGGCAGGAGAAGAAGAAAGGAAACGACCUACGUGGAAGAUCGAUACUCUCAUCAUUCACAUGCCCGACCCGAGGGACGCACCUGGUUUGGAGCGCGACCAUCAGCCCCCGCAGAUGGUGGGAAGAAAUCCAGAUGGGGUAAUUGGGCGAGCAUCGGAAUCAUUCUCGGUGCACUUGCGCUUUGUCUGGGAUUGAAGAGACGCAGAAACCAUGACGAGAAGAGCGACUACACUUACCCAAGUAGCUAUUACACUUACUCCGAUUACACAAGUGCAACGAAAGUUCGGGCAGACGAACAAGACGCUCCCGAAGAUCAUACCGAUCUCAUUCACGUUCACGACGGUCAUGAGUUUUGA